AUGCUCAAAUACACCAAAGUUGAAUUGGAACUACUCACCGAUCCUGACUUUUCUAUUUGGUUGAACAAGGGCUUCGAGGUGGACAUUAAAAGGAUAAUUAACAUUAAACUCCUCACCAGAUGGGCUGGUCGCUACGGAGCCAAAGCCUAUAUUUCUAAGCCAGAGUUCAAAAAUUACAUGAUCUGGAAAUUGGUGGCAGUCGAACUGAGGAAACUGCGAGUUUAUCUAAAUGAACCGAUACAAGGAGUAUACUCUGGUGUAACAGGAGUAUUUACCAAACCAGUAGAAGGUGCUAAAGAACAGGGUGUUGAAGGGUUUUUCAAAGGUUUGGGGAAAGGAGCAGUUGGACUCGUAGCAAGACCUGUUGCCGGAGUAGUUGACUUUGCAAGUGGGUCCUUUGAUGUAGUGAAAAGAGCCACGGACUUCAAUGAGGAUAUUUCUAGACUGCGCCUUCCAAGAUUUCUAGAGGCUGAUGGAUUAAUAAGACCAUACGAUCCAAUAGAAGCUGGUGGUCAUAAAUUAUUGAUGGAACUUUCGAAAGGAAAGUACGCCAAAACGGAUAUUUACGAAGCUCAUUAUACAAUUAUACCAUUGAAAGAAAUAUUACUGUUAACUAAUAAACGGAUAUCAUAUAUUUGCCACGAUAUUUUUGGAGGAUGGCAGGUAGAAUGGUCCUACACAUGGUCGGAAAUUCCAUAUCCACCAAAACUGGUUCAAAAAGGACUAUCAAUCACCACUAUACCCAAGAAGAAGAAGAUAUUUGGAACACAUGAAAUUGGAAAAACCAUCAUCCUAGGUGAUCCUAAACUUAAAGAGGAUAUAUGCUUAAAAAUAGAAUCUCUCAGGAACUAUUACAACUCAUUCACACUUUAAUGAAAUACAGAAUUUAUUGUUAUUUCGUAACUUAGCUUUUCAGAACGAUGUAUAUUAACAAGCUUUGAGCCUUCAAAUUUCAUGAAAUUAAAUAAAUUUCAAGACUCAGUU